UGAGAAUAUGUAAUGUACAUCGUAUGUAUGUCCAGUCUGUUGUUUUUCGUGAGUUUAUAGAUGGUUAACGAUGCUCAAUCUAAUGACUGGCAUAUGUAUAUUUCAGCUAUUCUAUUUUAGUGCUGAUGUUUUCUGUAUGAGCAAUGCCAUACAAUGCAAAGUGGAUAAAUACUAUAACCCAAAUAAACACAACUGUACUGACUGUCUGCCGGGAUACUAUAAAACAAACUGCUCGGAUCCUUGCAGAUAUCCUAACUACGGUUUGAGGUGUCAGAAAGAAUGUAAUUGUCCAGAAAAAUCAUGCCAUCACGUCUUUGGAUGUCCAGACCACAAAUUAGAUGGAUCCUACAACGAUAAUGGUGUCCAACUGAUUAUCGGUCUUUCGGUAGGGUUUGGAGUUGUACUGGUUAUUGCUGCUUUCCUUGUUAUCAAUAUAGCAAACAGAAGAUUCUACACUAGGCAUAUCAGAGCCAAUGCUCGUUAUAUUGGAUCGGUGGUGACAGAACAUAGCUUAACAGCAAACAUAUAUAAACCCAAGGAGUCGUAUUCUUGUCAUUGCAAUGGAAGUGAAGCUACAGACAGUAGUGUGUACACGUUAGCAGGGACACUUCUAUAUGAACAUAUGAAUCUCGAAUAAAUCAUCCAUUAACUACAGUCUUGAACGCCUUUAUAUUGGUAUCAUGAACACGACUGACUUUAAAUAUAUAUUCAAAGUACAUACAUGUACUUCUUAAUUGUUUUGUUAGUGAAAUAUACUCGAAAUCCGUACUACAAUUGUAAUAUACAAAUGUUUGAUUUUUUUAGG